AUGAUGAUUGUUUUUAACGAGAACAGUGGUACAAAGAAAGACGGUUCAAAAACUUCUCCAUGGAAAUCAACCUGUGAUGUGAAUGGAGAUCUAAGCAGUUCAACUGACGGUGUUGUACCAUUGGUUCAAGGAAUGUCAGCAUUCCGGCGUAAAUCCUCUUCUCUAGUUAACAGACCAAUUCAACCCUUAACACACAGUAGUACAGGUAGUUCAUAUGUCUCGAUACCUGCAUCGAACAAUGGUAUAAGCCAAACAAAAAACAAUAACAAUAAUAGUUUUAAACGUAGUUAUGAUCGACAGACAUUACCAGCACGUCGUUCCGUUGCAUCACUUCCACAGUCAUCUAGAAAUAGUAUACAUUUGGAAAUAUUUGAUGAAAAAAGUGUAGAUGACAAUUUACAUCAACGACGUGCAUCAGCAUUUUUGAUACCUGCGUCUAGUAAUAUGACUUUGACAUUUUUAAAAGAAUUCAGUAACAAACAAGCUGAUCAAGAUACUGAUGUUUCUUCUUGGAGUGUACAAAUACAAAGCCUCUGUACAGCGGUGAAUCGUAUCGUUGAAGGUAUUGAAAGUGCACAUCCUGAUGGGUUCAUACAUAUUUAA